AUGAAGUCGGGAAGACUACUAAAACCAGGUAAGUGUAGAGCCUUCUUUCCUCUUUUUUCUUCCCCUCGCUUUUUACCAUCAGAAAAGCACAACUCCUUCACAGCCCCUCUCACGUGCACCUUAUCUCUCUAUUCACCGCCCCUAGGCUCCCUACCCUACCCUUGAGCUUCAAGCUUCAUUUUAACCAGUGUCCUCCCUCCCUCUCAAAAAUGUUCAAGAGUUAGCCUCUGCUUUAAACGUGGCUCUAAAUUAUUGUAUGAAGAUUCAUUUAGAGGUGUAGAUAUUAGUUAUAGAGAAAUGUCACUUGAAGCUCUUUCUUCCAACGAGCUCUCGAACUUUUUCAUCUAUGGCACCAUAUCCGCCACUCCAUAUAGCAUCCAUGACUCUGUAGGAUCUAGUUUUUCUUUGGAAAAAAUUACUAGUGCUCCGGAGCAAACUGGUGCUUUGAAUUACUGUUCACUAGGCACCCAACAACGUCGCUCACCCAAGGCAGAGGAGGCUGUCGACAGGAGGCAAAAUUUGGCAGUGCAAGGCAGGAAGAAGAGGAGGAGGAAGCCUAGGGUCUGCAAGAGCAAAGAAGAAGCUGAGACACAACGAAUGACUCACAUUGUUGUUGAGAGAAACCGGCGGAAGCAAAUGAAUGAGCAUCUUUCUGUUCUUCGCUCCCUCAUGCCAGAAUCCUAUGUCCAAAGGGGUGAUCAAGCUUCUAUAGUAGGUGGUGCAAUAGGGUUUGUCAAGGAACUUGAGCAUCUUUUGCAAUCCCUUGAAACUCGAAAGCUCCAACUACUGCAACAAGUAAGAGUAGCAGCGGCAGCCGCAGCAGCCAAUGAAGAUACCGCAGCAUACAAAUUCCUGCCACCACAGAUGGCGCAGUUCUUCUUGUAUCCCCAGUACACCUGGUCUCAGAUCCCUAACAAGUAUACAUCAAAAACUAAAGGAGCCAUAGCCGAUGUUGAGGUCACUUUGAUUGAAACGCAUGCUAAUAUCCGAAUUCUGUCACGAAGAAGUCCCAGACAGUUGUCCAAACUGGUAGCCGGUUUUCAGUCACUUCACCUCUCCGUCCUCCACCUUAAUGUCAUCACUAUGGAUCCAUUAGUUCUCUACUCUAUCAGUGCCAAGGUAGAAGAAGGAUGCCACCUCAUUUCAGUAGAUGACAUAGCAGGGGCAGUUCACCACAUGCUCAUAAUAAUUGACGAAGAAUCUGCCAUCUGCUGAUCAAUUGUGCCUCAGCUAUCCUCAGGUUCACCAGGAAAUCACCAAAUUACCUUCCCCUUUUUCUUAUUACUUGCGUUUUGUAUGAAGCUUAAUUUUGAGUGAAUAUGCGUAUUUUUAGUUUCAUUUUGGGGAAAUGGUGCAGUAUGAGUUUAAAAUAGGGGAGUGUUUUAAAUAUCAACUGUUUUGUGGAAAAUCUGAGAAAACGAAUAAGAUGUUGCUGGGCUUUUGGGGCCCAUGGCUUCUGACAAGGAUUUGCUCCUUAAUGCAACUCGCUUAUUUUUUGUGUUGGUUGAGUUCAUCUCCCCAUAAGCGAAUUGAAUGGCAUAAAUAAACCAAAUCAUGAAAAUCAUUAGUAGAAUCAGAGUAAAGACAACAGAAUAACCAACAGUUCAACUAACCACUACAAGCUAAUAUUGUAAAUUAAAAUGCAACCAAAUAUCAUUUGGAUGAACUAGAGGAU